GAGUAAUUGACUUGUUUUGCGAUUACAUUUUCAGUGAAGCUACUCACUGGUUGAGGUUAACAUCUUCUGUUGAAUGUUCGGAAACAUGUAUGAGGUUGUGAAUCAUGCUGAUGCGGGCUUCUUUUUUUCAUUUACUUACUUAAGGUAAUUUGUUUACAUGGUAACCUCAACGGCAGGCUAUAGCGCCCAGUGCACAUCUGAAAGGAUAUUAGGGUAAUUUGGCUACCAACAUGUUCUAGCUAGUUAGCCAGCCAAGACUAGCUUACUUACUUAAAUAUAUUUUAAACAUAUUAUUUUUAUAUAGCGUAUCUUAAGUUUAGAUAUGUAUUCUUAUUUUUAUUUUUUGCAGUCACAUCAAACAUGGCAUACUGUAAGCACUGUCAGGGCAUAGUCAAUAAGGAGCUCGUCAUUACUAUAAUGACUUCAAUUUGAUACGCUUUUUCAAAAGCAGAAGCUAUGCUUGGUCAACAUGGUAAAGAAUUGUAUCUUAUAUUUUACAUACCUCCUUUUCAAGUCUAUCUGGCUGUUUAGAAAUUGAGUGCUACACAUGUUUAUCAUUAUGGCUACUUUUGCUUCAUUGAGUGCCAGAAGCAUCCUCUUAAACUUAAGAUACUCCGUCAGUAAAGUUGGAAGUUCUGUACUGGUCCGACUGAAACCCAGCUCCAGGACGUGUCUUGUCAAAAGAGGCCAGAUUUUAACCCAGAUGCCAAAAGUCACCCUGCUGUACUGGGGAGCAACGAAUGCCACAUCUUGUGUUGCUCUGUGCCAGGAGGCCAUCCAAUUACCCCAGACUGUAGAGAGGAGGUCCGUAGCCAAAGUCCAGGUGCACAAGUUGGUGUUCUUCCUGCGGCUCAGCCUGCGUGCCCUGGUGCUGCUGUUGAAGUUUGGCCCCCUGGUUCUGCUGUAUCCCCUGACCUUCAUCUCCUCUCACUGGGCCUCUCGGUGGCUGGAUGUCCUACUGUGGGUCACUGAAACCUCCGGUCCUACCUUUAUCAAACUGGGCCAGUGGGCCAGCACGCGCAGGGAUGUCUUCUCCCAGGACUUCUGCGAUCGUUUCUCCAGGCUCCAUGUCUCUGUGCGGCCCCACUCCUGGGAACACACCAAGCAGUGUCUGCGCAGGGCCUUCGGUGAGGGCUGGAGGGGGCUGUUUUUGUUCCAGAGCAGGGAGCCUGUCGGGUCAGGCUGCGUGGCCCAGGUGUACCGGGCCUGGGCCAGGGUGGACAGCGUGCAGGACCCAGCCUUCCAGACCCUGGUAGACGAGAUGGAAAAAGAGGAUCUACUGGAGGCCUGGGAGAUCCCGGGGCUGAAAGGGGUUCUGGGCUCCCUGUGGAAAGGAAAGGAGGAGGAGGACGACGGGGGCCUUCAAGAGACGGGGAGCCCCACAGGCUCCCCUUAUUUGGAUGCAGAGAGAGAGCAUCUGAUUCCUGUGGCUAUGAAGGUUCUGCACCCGGGGGUGAGGAGACAGGUGGAAACUGACCUGCUGCUGAUGAGGGCUGGUGGCUGGCUCAUUAACUGUCUACCUGGACUCCGAUGGCUCAGCUUGCCUGAGAUAGUGGAAGAGUUCGAGAAGCUCAUGACCAAACAGAUCGACCUCCGGUAUGAAGCCAAUAACAUCGAAAGGUUCCGGGAGAAUUUCAAGGAUGUCGAUUUUGUCAAGUUCCCAACUCCUCUGCGACCAUUUGUUACCAGGUCCAUUCUAGUGGAAACCUUUGAGGAGAGUGAGCCCAUUUCCACUUACCUGAGCCCUGAGGUCCCUCUAGAGGUGAAGCGGAGAAUCGCCAGGAUGGGAGUCGAAACUCUCCUCAAAAUGGUGUUUGUGGAUAACUUUGUGCACGGUGACCUUCACCCGGGUAACAUCCUGGUACAGCAUGGCAGUGCGGACAACGAGCCCCAGGGCCGGGCCACCCUGACGGACCUCUGGGACACGGUGGUGGUCAGCAUGAGGCCUUCCCCGGCCCCCCUGCGCCUGGUGCUGCUGGACGCUGGCAUCGUGUCACAGCUCAGUGACCGAGACCUGAAGAACUUCAGGGCCGUGUUUACCGCUGUGGUGCUACGACGGGGGGAACAGGUGGCUGAGCUGAUCCUGAACCACGCCAGGGCCAACGAGUGCCAGGACGUGCCUAUGUUCAAAAAGGAGAUGGCAGAACUGGUGGAUCAUGCCCUCAGCAACACCCUUUCACUGGGGAAAGUCCAGGUGGCCGAGCUACUAUCCAGGGUCUUUGGAUUGCUUAUUACCCACAAGGUGAAAUUGGAGAGUAACUUUGCGUCCAUUGUGUUUGCCAUCAUGGUUCUGGAGGGUCUGGGAAGGAUGCUGGACCCAAACCUGGAUAUUCUGGAACUGGCCAAGCCUCUGCUGCUGAAGAACGCUGCCUCCCUCUGACCUGGACCUCCUACACACCCCACCAGAACACACUUGAACAACAAACACAUUGACCUUGUUUGAAAUCCUCAGCUAAGUAGGACUAAUCCACCAAUUUUAAUUAACAUUGGGUGUAGAUUUUUUUAAUAGUUUUUACAUUCAUGUCAUUUAGUUAAUGCAUACAUUUUGUACUUGUCCCUCAUGGGAAUCAAAUCCAGAACCCAAGCCCCAUGCUCUCGCUAAGUGAGCUAGAUGGGACCAGUCGAAUCAGUGAAAAGAAUAGCUGCUCUCCGGUUAUGAAGUUUUCUUAUACAUCCAAGGGCCCAGAGUAUUUCCUGUUCAGUAACAAUUCCUGACCAUCUGCAUGUUACAUUAGUGAAUAACUCAAAAUGCCUUGUUGAACUGUAUCUGUGAAAUCUGAGUCAUUCCUUGGUUGUGUUCAGGCUUCUAACUUCCCUGGUUGGAUCUGUACUUUUCCAUAUGUGUGUAUUGCCUUGCACACUGUCUCCCUCAUACCUCACAUUUAGUCAGACUAGCUGGAAUAUAGCAUUUAUACUUGAAGGCCCAUGUGAUUUCCUUGUUUUAAUUAGUAUUUUGAAUUAGGACUAUACUUACUGUUUUGUUUUAAACUAUUUUAUUAAUCUCAGGUUACAUAUUGGCAAAGGUUUUAAAAGUGCAUUACAGUAAUGCAGUUACAACAACAUUGUCUAAUGUCCAGGCAAAAAUAAGAUUCAGUUGGUGUUAAAUAUCUGUGUUAACAUUAACAUUACAUUGCCAUUUUUAAGUCUUUGCCAUUUUACAUUUUUUGGGGGUCGCACUUUAGUGGAACCUGCAUGUCUU